GAAGUCCCUUUCAUUUUCCGACUGGAAUUUCCUUAUCGCGGCGAGGAAGUGAUCCGUUUCUAUUUAAAAUUUUUAGUUAUAUAUAGAAAGCUAAUCAGUUACUAAUUAAUCUCGGCGUAAUAAGGAGCUUUGUUGGAAGAGAAAAUGGAGAAGCAGCUGCAAACUGUUGCUGGCAUGGCGUGCAUGAAGAGCUUCCUGAUGGUUUUCAAUGUGGUUUUCUGGUUUUCCGGUAUUAUAAUCUUGGGUAUCGGCAUAUGGAUGGAAGUUGAAUUGUACAAAUAUAUGGAAAUGAGUACUGCUUUUACCAGUACUGCUCCGUACGUACUCAUUGCUACUGGUUCGCUGAUAAUACUGGUGGGAUCCUUCGCUUGUUGCUGCACUGUUAAAGGCCAACCAUCGCUUCUUUACAUGUACGCGUCGUUUUUGGCCUUGGUGUUCUUGCUGGAACUGGGAGCCGGCAUUUCGAUUUUCGCCUAUCGCACUAAAUUGACCGAUGGUUUCGACAAUGGGAUCACGCAAGCGAUGAUAAAUUACCGAAACGACAGCGCUCACUUGGCCGAGGAUUUCGAUUUAAUGCAAGAAACGUUGCAAUGCUGUGGAAACCACAACCCUAGGGACUGGUUAGACUUGAAGCCUCCUCAACCCAUACCGUCUUCUUGCUGCAUUGAAGAAAAGUGCAACACUGAUCGAGAUGAUGAAAUUUACAGUCAAGGUUGUUACACGAAGAUAGUCGAUUUCCUGGACGCCAACGUAGGAUUAGUAGCAGGAGCAGCUGUUGGGAUAGCAUUUUUCCCGCUCGUGGGCCUAUUUCUGUCCUGCUGCUUGGCCAGGGUGGCGAAUAAAGCCAAAUACGAGCAAAUGGCCUGAACUGUCCGACAUUAAAAUAUUUAUCCGAUUAGGUAAUUUAGUACUGUAACUGGCGAACCAUAUCUGAAGGAGACCGAUUCUUCGGUUGGUUCUGCGAAAUCAAAAUUUUUAAAAUUCAUAUUUAUUACUUAUUAUCUGUCUGUCUGUAUACUGUGUAAUUAAUAGACAUAUCGCAUGCAUGGUACUUUCUAUUUUAGACUAAUUGUCGAUUUAUUAUCCGAUCUAAAGGCCUGAAGCGCUUCGCUUGUUGUAUCUGUAAUUUAAUCGAUGCGUGUAUUUUGAAAGAAAAACUGUACUUAUGUGAUUUUUUUCGGUGAUAUACCAGGUGAGUUACAACGAAAAAUUUCAUCGCUUUUUGACCUUCUUGGCUCCUCUUCAAGAAUGUUAUACGUAUUUACCUUUGUCGUCUAGUUAUUCAAGUUAAUCCAUUCUAUGUGGUUCUUUAAACAAUUCUAACGAUUAGAGUAGGUUAUUAAUGUUAUCGGGAAUAACAAUUUUCUAUAAUUAAAACCCAGUAUACUAUAUUUAUCUUUCAAAAUAUUUUCUUAUGCUCUUGUGGGGAUUUUCCUCGAUAAAUACUAAAAUAUUUACCCAGCUUUUGAAUAGCUACUAGCAAUUAUUUGGUCAAUUCAAUUCUUUUGAGUAGUGAAGUUUUAUCAAAUGCUCACAAAUAUUUUCGCUGUCUAUUAAAGGAUAUAUUCUAAAGAAAUCGAGAAAAAUCAGUAUUAGUAACAUAUAAAUUAUAACCCCCGUGUUGUUUAUAGUAAUUUGGAAUAUUUUAUUGGUGCUAAAUGGAUGUGAUUUUUUUAGUGAAAAAAGGAAGCAUCAUUAGGUUGUGAUAUAGGGAACUUCAAAAUAUACAUUCAAUUAAACUUGUGGUCUAAAUUAUAAAACAUAUCAAACCGUACGCCUACAACCUAAUUGAACUUUGUUCUCGUCCUUAUUCUCCUGCCUUUAGUAAGGUGGUGAGGCCAAAAAAGUCCACAUCUAUACAGAGUGUCCAAAACAUAGAUCAAUUCGGAAGCGUAUAGAUGACAUCAAAAUAACGGCAUAACUUCAUAUACAUUUUGUUCAUUUGAGCCCUCUACCUCUUUUCUCAAUCUAAAAAUUGAAAUUUCUCUUAAACCGUUAACAUAAACGACUUCAAACAAGUUUAUCGAUUAAAAAAUGUAUUUACGAUAGGUUUGCGUUGGUACAGAUUGUCACCACAAAGGUUACGAAUUGUUAAUCACUAGGGACAUGUCGCCAAAGUUAUCAGAGAGUAGUGGAGGAUUCAUUUUAACACUAAAUUGCCCUCCCGAAUUACACGUGUUUGACAUCUAUUUUCUAGACACUCUGUAUUAGGUUGUAGGCUCUUUUUACCAGAAUUUACAGUAGAAGAGCAUAUUUACUAAAGAUACAUAAAUUAAAUAUGAACAGAACUAUUCGGAUCUUGUUGAAUACCAUUAAUUAUAUUUAUAAUAAAGACUCAAUGUAUU